AUGUACUCCCGUGGCUUCUCUUCAGUUUCUCCGAUGGCGGGAAUCGGAAAGAUCUGGCGUGCCUCUCGUCCGCUUGGCUUUCCAUUCAUACGCUUCCAAUCGUCUUCAGUAUUCCGACCAGGCUACAAUUUCUAUACCUCGGCUGUACAUAGCCAUGGAAAGUACACCUUUGGUGGCGGGGGCUCCCUAAGCACAUCAAGAUAUGGCGACUUAUCGUUCGAAAGGGCUCGUUUAUGCGGAAGCUAUCCCGGUUCUUCAAUAGAAAGGCAAUAUGCCACCAGGUCUAAAGGAGGGGUUACUGCAGACGAGUAUAUUCAAGAAAUACAAGACCUAUAUGAAAUAGCCAAAGAUGAGGUGCUUGGAUUGUUCAACGUAGCCUUUCAGAAUAGAUUAUUAACAUCCUUGCAGUUAGAAAUCGCGACAGAAUCAACGAGCGCUUCUACGAUUUACGCGGCAUCUGAUCGUGAAGCACUCCGCGAAGCUUUUGAUGAUCUAGAUCAGUUAUACACCGCCUACACAGGGUCCAGGCCGCAUCUCCCGAGUAUAGAAGAGCAGCAGGCUGAAGAUAAAGGACGGGAUGAAAAAGAGUCCAAGAAGGGGACCACUUUUGACCCCCAUAAUAUCUCACCAGAUGUUAGGGAGGAGAUCAGGCGCAGAGUUGGUCAGCGGAUACGUGAGUUGAGGAAUGCAGUUGAGGUUCUUGAGGAAUCUUCGCGGUCAGAGUGA